AUGGAGGAUGAUACAAGCUCAGAUGAAUUGCUGCAAGUUUAUGUCGAAAGUUUGGAAACUCACAUCGAAUUGAAAAGGGAUUUCUUGAGACAGGUGCAGGAUGUCAUAGGUGGGAUCUCUGGUCCGGCGCAACCUGAAGGGGAUUGGAAAGAUCUGCUGGCAAAACCGUUGUUUCGUCCUGAAAGGUCGGACCCAAUUGGUCUUUGUAUGGCAUCGGUGAGCCAUACGACCCGACUGGAGACUACUAAAGAAUGGAUUACCCAUAUGGAGAGUCACCUUCCUGGAUUGGAAGCCAUGCUGGAAAAUCAGAAGGGAAUGAACUAUGACCUUGGUGUUUUAAUUGAACUGCUAGAGAAAAGACUGGAUUCUACGGCCUCUCCAACAGUUAAAAAGAGCCCACAAUCGCCAGAAGCACGUAAUGAACAACUGUGGAACGAACUGGAACAUUUUGUUAAGAACUAUCUGUCAAUGGAUCUAGUGGAUGCUGAGGAUGCGGGCAAGGAUCUGUUCUCAGAUGUUUUCCCGCUCAUCAAAAGGCUUCUAGAUGGUGAUGGAACACUGAAGACUACGGAUUUCCAUCAUUGUAGUAAAGGUCUCUAUCGAUUGCUGCUCCGAAGCAACUUGAUAAACGUGGUAGAAGGCCCGAACAGCGUAAGAUAUGUGAAAUUACUGGACUUUGCAAAUAGAGACCUUUCUUGA